AUGCAAUCUGAAGAGGACGAAGAUGACAUCGAUCAGUUGCUUGCUGGCGUACAGGAGCCCGUAUCAUCAAAGCCAAAGCUGACCAGACUCAAGCGAGCGAGGGCAUCUGACUCGGUGGCAGAAGUGCCUGCCAGCAAACGGUGUGAGGUGGAAGGAGUGGCAGCAUCACCCGCACGCCUUGCAGCAUCAGCCAGUCGUGAGAGCUCUCCCGCUCCUUCAGCUUUCAGGAGGAGUGACUUAGGAGAGGCAAAUGAGGUUAGCCCCGCUGCUGCCAAAAGCGCUUCGGCUGAAAGGCAACAGGGGUCAGAAGGUGGCGCCGGGGAUGACUACUGGGAUGAAGAGGAUGAGCUGGAGGAUUAUGUCAUGCGCCGAGAUCUGGGCCAGAUCAAAGAUGACAAUGCAGAGGGCAGCGGCAGCGAUAGCGGCAGUGAAGAAUCUGGUCACAGCGGCAAGGGCGGGGGAGAGGAUGAUGCAGACUCAGAUGAUGGCGCUCUGGACAACAAGGAGCUGGCUGCAGAGACACAGCGCAUCUUGCGCGAUGCUGCUAGGAGCGACAGGAUAGGCAAGGGAGCAGCCCCACAGGUGCAGCCACUCAGCGGAGUGCUGGCCAAAAUCAUGCAGCGCAAGGAAGAAGCCAUCUCCAGGCAAGGCUUCUGCCUCAUUGCCUAUGCUGCCAAGACACCAGAGCAGAGGGUGCAGAAACAUCCCAAGCCGGCAGUCUCAGUGUCUCCUUGGGAGGAGGAUGACGGCGACCUUCUGCUGGUGGACUCUGAUGACGAUAAGGAGGCCAAUAAGGCUGCAGCAAAGCGGGCGCUGGCCCAGGAGGAGUCGCAGCUCUUUGGCCUGGAGUCGCAGAGCCUGCCAGAUCAAACGAUCCUGGCAAAGUCCACCACCCCUGCCCAGGCAUGCUAA